UCUGAACCUUUUUGGUACUCGGAGCCCUUAAAUCUGCGUCUUUGAUCUUCCCCUUGGACUUUGUUCAAUUCCAGGCAGGGAUUCAGAGACUCGAAUUGGUCUUUGGUACAAAAGAAAGAGACUUUCUUUUGGCCUGCGUUCUCGGCUUUAAGUAAGGUCAAAGGCUUAAUGUUGAGUUCUGGGAAUAACUUGAACAGCAGCAGCAGUGGGAUAGCUUCAUCGGAUAUGCCACCCUUGCCUCAGUGUUUGCAACUGGAUCCAAUUACACUAAGCAAUCAAAAAUACACACGUGAACUUGGGAGGGUUCUAGGUGUUUCUGGGGGGAACGUAUCAGAAGACCAUUCUUUUGGAGUUCAACAUCUUAAACCCAUGGCUCCAGUAACCUCAAGGGAGCUAAAGCACUUCAAAGAAAGUGUACAAGAUGCUUCCAGGAAGGCAAGGGAUAGAUCAAAAAUGCUUCGGGAAAAUAUUUCUAAAUUGAAUUGGUACACGGAGAGAUUACACUCAAAGAAGCGACAAGGGACUGAUUUAUCAAAUGACAGGGGAGGUGGAGUAAACUUAACAAAGAUGGGUAGCCAGAUUCACAAAACCACUAAUGACAAUCUGACUCAGAGAUCAGAAGCCAAAACCUCAAAUUCAAUGCUGAACAAGCGAAUUCGUACGUCAGUGGCAGAUGUGCGGGAGGAAAGUAGGCCUGCUGCUAUUGGAAGGCAGCAGAUAGUUACAGAGAAGGAUGGAAAUCUGAUUCAGACACUUGGUGGGGGCUCUGUUCGAAAUGAAGAGAAAACUCGCAGAUUACUUGCUGGAGGUGAAGGGUUGGAUCAAAAAAUAAAGAAGAAGAGGUCUGUUGGAGCUGUAGGAAACAGAGUUAUGACUAGUGAAAGGGAUGUAAAACGUGCUAAGCUUCCAAAGGCAAAUGCUGAUUCGAAGAUGCGAGUUUAUGAUUCUCAGGGUUUCAGAUUGAAGUCACUUACUGGAUCUAGUGGAAUCAAUAAGCCUGAGGGCUCUUCAGAGCUUACUAAUACAGGUGUGCGUACAAUGCUUGCAAGUGAGCAAGAAGGUGUUUCUCAUCACAGGGACCACAUAGCUGAGCAGAAAGUUGUGGCAAAAGGAAACAACAGGACAAAUAUUCAGGAGGACCCGGCAAGCAGCCCUAACACACUAAUUAAAAACAAGGUAUCUCGGGCACCACGAACGGGUUCAGUUAGUGCGCUAGACUUGUCUAACAUUCAACCUUCAUCUGGAACUUUUCCAGGUUCUUCUAUAAAUCCAAUGACUCAGUGGGUUGGUCAGAGGCCACCUAAAAAUUCACGCACAAGAAGAAUGAAAGUAGUGUCUCCUGUCUCACGCAAUCUCGAAGUUCAGGCAUCUGAAGGAUGUCUAACUUCUGAUUUCAGUGUUAAAGCUUCUUCUGUUGGCAACAAUGGAUUUCAAAUAGCAAGCAGUUCUGACAACAGUACUCCCAAAUAUAAAAGACCACCUGAUGAUAUUUCAUCUCCUUUUGGAUUAUCUGAAAGUGAAGAAUCUGGAGCUGGGGAAAACAAAUCAAAAGAGAAAGCAGUGAAUGGCAGUGAUUUUGCUAUGGCUGCGGAUAAGGCUGGUGCUUCUAUGUUACAAAUGAGGAAGAAUAAAAUACCAACAGAUGAAUCUGGAGAUAUUGUGCAGAGACAGGGAAGAACUGGGAGGAAUUUAUCGUUAAUAAGGUCAGGCCUUCCUUCAGGGAGGGAGAAGUUAGAGAAUCCACCAAUGAAGCCUGUACAGGACAUGAGGUCUAAUGAUAAGAAUAAAAUCAAAUAUGGGCGCCCUCCUUCGAAAAAGCAGAAAGAUCGCAAAAUUUUGACUCGUGUUGGGAAGCAACUGACCAUUGGUUCUUCUGAUCUUGAAGGUGAAUCUGAUGAUGAUCGCGAAGAAUUAUAUAAAGCUGCAAAUGCUGCUCGUAAUGCUAGCAAUCUUGCUUGUGUGGGUCCAUUCUGGAGUAAAAUGGAGCCUAUUUUUGAUUCUAUCAGCUUAGAUGAUGUAUCUUACUUGAAGCAACAGCUCAAUAUUGCUGAGGAAUUUGAUAAAAGUUUAUCUCAUAUGUUUGGCAUUGAUCAUGAUAUGUUGGGUGUUGUUAUAAAUAACAAAACCACUCAAGGUUCAGAGGAAAGAAAGAGAAGCCACUGUGAUGGAGAAUCAACUAAGUUUGAUGCUUUAGUCGGAAAAAAUGACAUGGAAAGACUAGACAAGGUUACCCCAUUAUUCCAAAAACUUCUUUGUGCUCUAAUUGAAGAAGAUGAAAAUGAAGAAUCAUAUCACCAAAGUGAAGCAAAGAAUAUAUCUCGACAGUGUGCUAGUGAUGAUUCUCAUUGUGGUUCUUGUAAUCAAAUUGAUUUUGAACUCAAAGAUCGGGAUAGAAUGGAUUCUGAAGUUGAAUCGAAGGUGGAUCUUCAAAUUCAGAAGAAUUGCAUGCUGGACAGACUAUCCUGUGACAAGAGUACCACAUCCAACACAUUUAGGUGCCCAAACACAUCCAGUUCUUCGCAAAGCACUGGAGUUUGGCAGGGAGAUGAAGAAUUUUCCCUUUCUGAUAUCACACUCACUAGUGAAAUAUGUUCAAACGAUCUUGAUCAACUUCAGCUUGCUGAACUAAGUGCUCGUAGCUUUCCUUCUCCUGAUGACCAGUAUCAGCUGAUGUCUCUGGAUGACAGGCUGCUGUUAGAAUUGCAGAGCAUUGGCUUAUAUCCAGAAAUAUUGCCUGAUUUAGCUGAGGAAGAUGAAGCUAUAAAUCAAGACAUUGUGAAACUUGAGAAAUCACUGUAUGAACAGAAUGGAAGGAAGAAGGAAAACUUGGAAAAAAUUGAUAGAGCUGUUCCAGAAGGGAGGGACAUUGAAAGACGGAAGAUUGAACAAGUUGCAUUUGACCAACUUAUUGAAAUGGCUUACAGAAAGAGAUUGGCAUGCCGAGGAAGCAAAAAUUCAAAAGGUGCAGUUCACAAGCUGUCAAAACAAGUUGCUCUGGGUUUUCUCAAGCGUACUCUUGCAAGAUGUAAAAGAUAUGAAGAAGCUGGCAUUAGCUGCUUUAGUGAACCUACCCUACAAAAUAUCUUGUUCUCUCCCCCUUCAUGUGAGAAUGAUGCACAACCUGCAGACUGCAUUGUCUCUGGGACUGGCAGUAAUAUAUGUAACAAAUCUUCUCAUCAAGUUGAAGCCCGAAAAUCAGGUGCAGUUUCUAGUGCUUCUGAGAAAUAUGAUUGCCACAGAGAUUAUGUAGACAGGGGACUGGUUGAUUCUUUUCAAGGUUCAAUUCACUCAUCAGAACAAGCAUCAUCCAAGAAUGCGUCCAUGUUUAUCAAGGAAAAGAAGAGGGAAAUGCUGAUCAAUGGUGGUGUCAGUGGUUCUUCCUCAAGAGCAUCAAAUCUUAAUGGUGCUGUUCAUGGUGGAGUAAAGGGAAAGAGAAGUGAGAGAGAGAGGAAUCAGAGCCGGGAUCAGACCAGACAAAAUUCUAUUUCCAGAGCUGGACGCCUGCCGUUGGACAGUAGCCAAAAUGAGAACAAACCAAAAGCUAAGCCCAAGCAAAAGAGUACCGCUAGUGGACAUGAUAGGUUUAUGGAAGCAAAGGAAUCUGCUUGUUUACCAAUUCAUGGCUCUAGUCUUUCUGUGGCUGACGCAAGCAAUAAUGGUAGCAAAGAUGGGGCAACAUUAUCUGAUAACCAGGACACUUCUCAAGUGAAGGAAUCCGCUGACUUUGGGAAUUUGAAGCUACAGGAUUUAAGUUCAAUAGAAGAAUUUGGUGUAUCUGGUGAACUUGGUGGGCCUCAAGAUCUUAGUUCUUGGUUUAACUUUGAUGAAGAUGGUCUACAAGACCAUGAUUCUAUAGGCCUUGAAAUACCAAUGGAUGACCUAUCAGAGUUAAAUAUGAUCAUGUGAAGGGAUAUAACUAUGGACUCUACCAAUUACACGUAUUAUAUCUGGAGGAUAAUUUGUAUGUAUGCAGUGAACCUAGUGGGCAUCAAGAUCUUGAUGUUACUUGGGUUUCUAGGGAGGUAGAAGUUUUGGUUGUUGGGACAAGAAUUUUGAGCCAAUUGUAGGGUAAACCAAGAGAGAAGGUGGAGGGGCUUUAGGAUCGCAAUUUAAUAUUUUUGUAGAAAGUUGUAUAGUGGAAGUUGUUCAAAAGAUCUGCUACUUUCCUGGAUUUCAUGAAAUUGCUUCGAGUUCCCUUUCUUCUCUCCAUGAUACAAUAUGUCCAUAUUGAUUGUACUUAGCAAUGGAACAGAUGUUCAGCUUCUUGAAUCUGCUGCGCUGAAGUCUUUUAGGAAUGGCUUUUUAUGAGAUGUUAUUUCAUAAUAUUGAGAUUGAAGCCAUGUCAUUCAUUUAAUCAAAGGAUCCCAAGU